AUGGCCCCCGACGAGGUCACCGAGGCGCCUCAGGUCGAAAUUUCCGCCGCCGAUCCUCCAUCCUCGGGAAAAGGAAAGUUCGGCAUCAAGGGCUUCGGCAAGAAGGACAAGUCCGCAAACGCCCACGAGCAUGACGUGGAAAAGGACGGCAUGGGAGGCGACACUCCCCAGCCCGAGCUGCAACGGAAGCUGAAGAGCAGACACUUGCAGAUGAUUGCCAUCGGUGGAACGAUUGGAACUGGUCUCUUCAUCAGCAGUGGGACAGCUAUCGCGAAUGCCGGUCCGGCCGGUGCCUUGAUCGCCUACAUCUUCGUCGGAUCCAUCGUCUAUUCGGUCAUGACCUCGCUGGGUGAGGUCGCUACCUACAUCCCCGUCCCCGGAUCGUUCACGACGUACGCGACGCGCCUGGUGGACCCGAGCUUGGGUUUCGCAAUGGGUUGGAUUUACUGGUUUAAUUGGGCCUCGACAUACGCGGUGGAAUUAACGGCAACGGGUCUGAUCAUUCAGUAUUGGGACAAGGAUCUGUCGAUUGCUAUAUUCAUCGCGGUAUUCUGGGUCUUGAUCACGCUUCUCAAUUUCCUUCCGGUGGGGUUUUACGGCGAGCUCGAGUUUUGGUUCUCUUUGGUCAAGGUUAUCACGGUCCUGGGUUUCAUGAUCUUUGCCAUCUGCAUCGAUGCUGGCGUCGGGCAGCAAGGGUAUAUCGGGUUCAAAUAUUACCACACCCCCGGUGCCUUUGCUCCCUAUCUGAUCGAGAACAACGACGCGACGGCCAAAUUCGUGGGUUUCUGGGCCGUUUUAAUUCAGGCCGGUUUCUCCUACCAGGGUACCGAACUUGUUGGUGUCGCAGCCGGCGAGACGGAGAACCCCCAGGUUACCGUUCCCUCCGCCAUCCGCAAGACCUUCAUUCGAAUUCUCGUCUUUUUCGUGCUCACCAUCUUCUUUAUCGGUCUUUUGGUCCCCUACGAUAACCCGAACCUGAUUACCGACACUAACGACGCAUCGGCUUCCCCCAUGGUGAUUGCUGCUAAGCUGGCCGGCGUGAAGGUCCUGCCACACAUCAUCAACGCCGUACUUCUGACUGUGGUCUUGUCCGCUGCCAACUCCAACGUCUACAGCGGCAGUCGUGUGCUCCUGGGUCUUGCGCAGGAGGGCUUCGCUCCCAAGAUCUUCGGCUGGGUCACCAAGAAGGGUGUUCCUUGGGUUAGUGUCGCUUUCACCGCGCUCUUCGGUCUCCUGGCUUUCAUGAACGUCUCCAAAUCGGGUGGCACCGUCUUCAACUGGCUCGUCAACAUCUCCGGAGUUGCCGGAUUCAUCUGCUGGGUCUCGAUCAAUAUAAGUCACAUCGCAUUUAUGCGCGCGCUCAAGGCCCGCGACCUGUCUCGCGACACGCUACCCUACAAGGCCAUCUGGCAGCCGUGGCUGGCCUACUACGGAUUAUUCUUCAACACCCUCAUCAUCCUGACGCAGGGAUUCACGGCGUGGAUUCCCACCUUCAACGUCUCCGAUUUCUGGGUCGCCUAUAUCUGUCCCAUUCUUUUCGUCAUUCUCUAUCUCGGCCACAAGCUCGUCUACCGCACCUCCUUUGUGGACCCCUUGCAGGCGGAUCUGGAUACCGGCCGACUGCAGAAUUACUCGUGGGAGACCUCGACUCCUAAGACGUGGCAGGAGCGCAUCCGGGAGAGAAUCUAG